GUUAUUUUUUUGUUUGAUAAAUUAAAAUUGACAUUGAAGUCAUUCAAUUAAAAGUAAUAAUUCAAAUAAAAUUUUUGUUUUCUUUUUUUUUUAAAUUAACAAAAUAGAUUUAAGUUGAAUUAUUACAUUUAAGUAAAAUAGAGUAAUUUUCCUUAAACAUUUGCAUUUAACAAUUACCACUUGAUAAAAAAUGCCGUUGUUUGUCAAUGACGUGGAGAUGAGCUCCGAAUCAAAGGACCUUUUCUAUGAAAAACACGUCGAAUAUAUCGCUAAUCAUGGAAACGAUCAAAAUGAUUUCGAAUAUUGCAUCACAGAAUUCUUACGAAUGUCUGGAAUCUACUGGGGAGUAACUGCACUCGAUACUAUGAAUCAGCUCUCACGCUUAGAUAAAAAGUCUAUAGUAGAAUUCAUUAAAAAAUGCCAAUGUCCUACUACCGGAGGAAUAUCGGCCUGCGAAGGUCACGAUCCUCAUAUUCUAUAUUCCUUAUCUGCCGUGCAAAUACUUUGCAUCUACGAUUGCAUCAACGAAAUCGAUUGCGACGCUCUGGCUCGUUAUGUGACCAGUUUGCAACAGCCCGAUGGCAGUUUUUUCGGUGAUAAAUGGGGAGAAGCCGAUACCAGAUUUUCAUUCUGCGCAGUAGCUAUCCUUACACUCAUUAAUCGUAUGGACGCUAUCAAGCUACCAAAAGCCAUAGACUUUGUGCUCUCUUGUUGCAAUGCUGACGGAGGAUUUGGAUCAAAGCCAUUCGCUGAGUCGCAUGCUGGACUUAUUUAUUGUUGCGUUGGUUUCUUUUCGAUUACACAGCAAUUGCAUCGACUAGAUUGCGAUAAAUUGUCAUGGUGGUUGUGUGAGAGGCAACUUCCGAGUGGCGGGCUGAAUGGUAGGCCAGAAAAACUUCCAGAUGUUUGCUAUUCGUGGUGGGUGUUGGCAUCGUUGAAUAUAAUGGGACGGUUGCAUUGGAUAAGCUCGGAGAAAUUAAAGUCUUUUAUACUAUCUUGUCAGGAUUCGGAGACAGGUGGUUUUAGUGAUAGGACGGGGAACCUGCCCGAUAUAUUCCAUACUUUGUUUGGACUAGGAGCACUUUCGCUGCUUGGAUAUCCAAAUUUGCAAAAAAUAAAUCCGACAUUCUGUAUGCCGCAGCACGUUUUAGAUCGUUUGAAUGUUAAUGGACAAAUUUGGUGUCCUUAGAAAGUUAAAUACAUUUUUUUUUUGUGAUAAUUAUAUUUAUGUUGUUUUUUUAAGAAUGUUAAUAAAUACGUUCGCGACUUCGAAAUUAGCGAAGUAAGUUUUAUUUAUAA